AAUUGAUAGUUUCCUGAAUAAGCUAGAGAGUCAUCUGAGCUGCCAAGAUGUUGGAAGAAGAUAUGGAGGUGGCCAUCAAGGUGGUGGUAGUAGGAAACGGAGCUGUUGGAAAGUCCAGUAUGAUUCAGCGAUAUUGCAAGGGGAUUUUUACAAAAGACUACAAGAAAACUAUUGGUGUAGAUUUCCUGGAAAGACAAAUCCAAGUUAAUGAUGAAGAUGUCAGGCUGAUGUUAUGGGACACUGCGGGUCAAGAAGAAUUUGACGCAAUAACUAAGGCCUACUAUAGAGGAGCCCAGGCUUGUGUUCUUGUGUUUUCUACAACUGACAGAGAGUCCUUCAAAGCAAUCCCUUCCUGGAAGGAGAAAGUCACGACUGAAGUUGGAGACAUUCCCACAGUUCUUGUGCAGAAUAAGAUUGAUCUUCUCGAUGACUCCUGUAUAAAGAAUGAAGAGGCAGAAGCACUGGCAAAAAAGCUAAAAUUAAGGUUCUACCGAGCAUCUGUGAAGGAAGACCUAAACGUAACUGAAGUUUUUAAGUAUUUGGCCGAUAAAUAUCUUCAAAGGCUCAAGCAACAAACAGCAGAAGAUCCAGAACUAGUACAUACAAGCAGUAACAAGAUUGGUGUUUUUAAUACAGCUGGUGGAAGUCACUCCAACCAAAAUUCUAGCACUCUUAAUGGUGGAGAUGUCAUCAACCUUAGACCAAACAAACAGAGGACCAAGAAAAACAGGAGUCUUUUUAGCAACUGCAGCAUACCUUAGACCACUUUUGGAGGGAAAAAGGCCAACCCAGUGACUUGGAUGAAGUUGUGCAAUUGAAUACAGAAUAAAGCCAGCUGUAGAGGUAUUUUUACCAGUGCUUUAGCAAAUCCUAUGCCUAAGGGAUCCUUGAUAGAGGGUGGAUUUAUACAAACUUGCUGCUGCAGUGUUUUUUGGUGUGUGGAGUGAGACACCUGGUGGCAAACACAGAACUGUGUCUGCCCCGUGCACUUUGUAGAAAUU